AAGCUAACCCCACCUAAUCCGAACCGGGGGAGGAAACGUUGCUGAACCGCCGGAUCACGUGAUUCUUUCUUAUUUGCUCUAUAUAAUAGCCAGGCAGCAAGUCCGAGGCGGAGACCGUACCCCGCCGUCGCCUCCUGUUGUAAGGCCAAAGGGAAAUCUAGGAAGGAGAAAAAGAGUGGUAGAAAAAUAAGAUUCGUGAGAUGGCAGCAUCAAAAAUUCAAGCCUUAUGGAACCACCCAGCAGGCCCUAAAACCAUUCAUUUUUGGGCCCCAACUUUUAAAUGGGGUAUAAGCAUUGCAAACAUCGCUGACUUCUCCAAGCCACCCGAAAAGCUUUCCUACCCCCAGCAAAUUGCUGUUGCAUGCACUGGGCUCAUCUGGUCACGUUAUAGCACAGUAAUCACACCAAAAAACUGGAAUCUUUUCAGUGUAAAUGUUGCAAUGGCUGGGACAGGCCUUUAUCAACUAUCUCGUAAAAUUCGAUACAAUCUAACUAUAACUUGAAGGCUUCAAUUUGAGAUAUGGACUUUGUUUUUCAACUUCAUUGGAAUCGGCCACAUGAAAUGCACAUGGAUGGACGGACAAACCCUGAGCAGAGCCUCACACGUCGUCAGGAGUUUCUUUUCACUAAGAGAAGAUAUAGUGUCCAGGGACGUGGGGUUUUUAUUUUCAAGAACAAAGCAAAAGAACUGUUGUUCAUUUUCCCUUGGCGCUAUGAGUAGUUGUGAACCUGAAGUUGCUGGGAAAGAGGCUUCUUCAUUGUUCAUAAUCAUAAUCAUUGAUUACCAUCUUUGCUGGCUCAUAAAGAAAGCGGGCCACUUAUAAAGUAGGGGUAUGGCAUGCCAUGGGUGUCUUGUAAUUAUACUCGAAGCAUCAUGUCACCAAGGUACAAUUAUAGGUAUCCUGCUUAUUAUAAAACAAACUUUAGUUUCCCAUAUGCCACUCCAAAUACGUCUCUGCUACAUCACAGAUUACAAAUGUGCAAACUGAACAAUAAAUGGUCAUUUCUAUCCAAUUUGUUGUCUUGCAUUGCCAGUCACCUUGCACCUUACGAUCCCACAGUUCUGCUAUUACUGUAGUAUAUGCAACCAUGUUUAUCAU